AAAAUAAAAAAUAGUAUAAAGAAAAGGCACCAAAGCAGAAAGAUAUGGGUAAAAUUAGAUGAAGAUCUAAAGAAAACAUAUAUAGAUGAGGAAGGUAAUAUGCAAUUUUUAGAUCAAUAUUUAGAGGAAAUGAGCACAAAACAACCAAGAGGCAAUGAUGAUAAUUUGCAACAUAUCCUGGAAAAAUUAAUAGAAUCUACGACAAAAAAAGAAAAUCAACAUAAUUUAAAACAUGUUUCAGAGAAAUUUAUUAUUGAAAAAUUCACAAGUAAGAAUCCUAAUGCAGUGCAAUGGAUAGAGAAUUUUGAAAAAGAGUGUGAGCGUUUUAAUAUAACAAAAGAUGAAACAAAAAUAGAUAUAUUGAGAUUAUUUUUAGAAAACUCCAGUUUGGAUUGGUAUAGCUCGAUGGUAAUUAAACUAUCAGUAAAUUCUGAAUGGAAUGAAUGGAAAGACAAAUUUUUAGAAACUUUUAGGAACCAAGGGUGGGAUGUAGUCACAACUGCUUUCACAUUCAAGUAUAAAGAAGGGCUGUUAAUUGAUUAUGCUAUAAAAAAAGAACGGCUUAUACUAGACAUAAAUAAAUCGAUAGAUUCCAGAACAAUGAUAGAUCUAAUUGCAACUGGUUUACCUGGUUUUAUCUUGAAUAAGUUAAACAGGGACGAACUCAACAACACUACUGAUUUGUUCAACGAGAUAAGAAAAUAUGAAGGUAUGAUCUUCAAGAAAAACUCAACUAUAACAAAGAAUAUCAUAAAUAUUUGUAAAACAUGUGAAAUAUGCAUAAAAAAUAAAUCAAGAGGUCAAGGAAAAUUUGGAUUAAUGUCACAACUGGGACCAGCAACAAAACCAUUUGAGAUAAUGUCAAUGGAUACUAUAGGUGGCUUUGGAGGAUCUAGAUCAACAAAAAAGUACCUACACCUUUUAGUAGACCAUUAUACAAGAUAUGCAUUUAUUGUGACGUCAAAAACACAGAAUGCAAGUGAUUUUAUAAAACUAACAAAGAAUGUACUAGAAACAGAUGAGAUUGGAAUAAUUUUGACAGAUCAAUAUCCAGGCAUCAAUUCAAGAGAAUUUAAGCAAUAUCUAAAUGAAAAUAAUGUGAAAUUAAUUUUUACAGCUGUGAAUACACCAUUCUCAAAUGGCUUGAAUGAAAGGUUAAAUCAAACAAUAGUUAAUAAAAUAAGAUGUAGAAUAAAUGAGAAAAAUAAUAAGAGAACAUGGACAACAGUGGCAAGAGAAUGUAUAGAGAAAUAUAAUGAAACAGAACACUCCGUUACAGGUUUUGCACCAAAAUAUUUACUGGAUGGUACAAAUGUCAGCAUUCUACCAAAUGAAUUAAAAAUAAUAGAGGGAGAAGACAAGUGGAUUGCUGAUAAAAGAUUGGCAUUAGAAAAUACAAUAAAAUCCCACAAGUAUAAUAAGAAAAUAUUUGAUAGAAAAAGAAAAAUGCAAGAGUUUAAUAUAGGAGACAGUGUAUAUGUUGAGAAUGGAAAUAGACUGAAUAGAAAGAAAUUAGACGAAUUAAAAAUAGGUCCUUUUAAGAUAGUAGGGAAAAUAUCGAACUCCAUUUACAGGAUUGACACUGGUAACAGAAAAACAGAAUCAACUUUAUUCCACAUAACAAAAUUACAACCGGUUACAACAGAAUCUGAAGAAGAUGAAAUAUAAGGAAACGAAUAUGAAGAUAGCUAUUAAGUAUAGUGUGUAGAUAUAUUAUUCAGAAUUUUUUCUCUUAGGGGGGGAGAUGUAAUGGAAUGAUAUUUCAUUAAUUUGAAUUUGACGCAUCGGAGUGACACGCGAUAAAAUGGCGGAUGACGUGUAAAUUAAUUUAGUGGAUUAUAGUGUAAAAAGAUAGAUUAAAGGAUAAAUGAACAUUAAAUGUCGUUUCUUUGUAUUUCAGAGAAACAAUUUUGUGUUUUCAUUUAGAAAAAAUCCUUAAUAAUAUUACUU